CAAGGGCAAUCAGGCGAAGUUCGCCGUUCGCGGCUCAAAUCCGCCGCAAUGCGGCUAUGCCGUUGACGCGGAGAGCCGUCACCACCGAUGCGGCGUCGUCCCACGCGGAUCGAGAGAGCGUGCCAUCGGCGGAUGAAGAACCCUUCGAGGUCCGGUUGUCCGAUGAGAGCUUCGAAACGUAUGAGCUUGAUCCGCCACCCUACACCCUGAAAACCACCAAGAAGGAAUUGAAGCAGAUAUACUGGGACAUGGUAGCCGUCCGCCGUAUGGAAAUGGCCGCCGACCGCCUCUACAAGGAGAAGAAAAUCCGCGGCUUCUGCCAUCUCUCCACCGGCCAAGAAGCCGUCGCCGUCGGAAUCGAGCACGCUAUCGAUAAAUCCGACCACCUCAUCACUGCCUACCGUUGCCACGGCUUCGCCAUGAUGCGCGGCGGCACGGUCAAGUCGAUCAUCGGCGAGCUGCUCGGACGCCGGGAAGGAAUCGCGUACGGGAAGGGCGGGUCGAUGCACAUGUUCGCGAAGGGGUUCUACGGCGGGAAUGGAAUCGUCGGAGCGCAGGUGCCGGUGGGUGCGGGCAUUGCGUUCGCGGAGAAGUAUGCGGGGAAGAACACCGUGACGCUGGCGCUGUAUGGCGAUGGAGCGUCGAAUCAGGGGCAAGUGUUCGAGUCGUUCAACAUGGCGAAGCUGUGGAACCUGCCGGUGAUCUUCGGCUGCGAAAAUAACAAAUACGGGAUGGGUACGUCGGCGAACCGCUCGUCCGCCAUGACCGACUAUUACAAGCGCGGACAAUACAUUCCGGGUCUGAAAAUCAACGGCAUGGACGUCCUCUCCGUCAAGGCCGCCGUGGAGUACGGGAAGCGCUACGUCCAGGAAGGAAAGGGCCCUCUGGUCUUCGAAUACGUGACCUACCGCUACGGCGGCCACUCCAUGAGCGAUCCCGGCACCACCUACCGCACCCGCGAAGAAAUCCAACGCAUGCGCUCCACCAACGACCCCAUCUCCGGCCUCAAAUCCAAGCUCCUGGACUGGGGCAUCACGACGGAAGCCGAGCUGAAGGAGAUCGACAAGGAGGCGCGCAGCUUCGUGGACGCAGAGGUGGCCGAGGCCGAGAAGAUGGAGGCGCCGGAGCCGACGGCGCAGAUCUUGUUCGAGGAUGCGUACGUGCGAGGAAGCGAGCCGCAAUUCUUGCGCGGGCGGAUCCCCGAGGAGAACUUCUAUUAUGAGCAGGCGGAUAUGGGGAAGGAGAAGCCGGCGGUGGCGAGGACUUGAGCGGGGAGGAGAGGAGAGGAGGUUUGGUGAUGGAGCCUGGGUCUCGUCCCGGGUUGACAACGUAUCCUAAUUACCGGAGAAUGGUCUUACUAGGUCUUUGGUGUGACCCUUUCUUUGAGCGGUGUAUUGUACAAUUGGACGUAGGUGGGAAAGGAAAGCAAAGGCGCAAUGUAUUUAAAAAUUGAACACUGUCCACCAAAAAUAUCUGUCCUUUGCCAUUAUUGAAGGCACCAAACACCUACGAUGGUAUCAUCACUAUGCAAUUAAUCUCCACAU